AUCGAUAGACGCAAAUGUACUAUUUUCGUUCUAAGAUCGUAUUUUUUCAAGUAAAUAUCUAUUUCAGUGUUAGAUUUAUAUUUGAGGUUGAAAUUUAUAUAAUGGAAAAAAAUCGUAAAGAUAAAAAACGGAAAAAAAUCAAGUCGGUUAAAGGAUAUAUCAAAGAGUACUGUAAUCACACAUCCAUACACGGAUUCAAAUAUCUAGUAGAAGAAAGGACCAUCAUAGAAAGAAUAUGGUGGGUAAUUUUCAUAUUUAUUUCGAUUUGUUUAUGCGGAACGAUGAUAUAUCAAAUCAUUUAUAAGUAUAUUAAUUACCCAUUGAUCGUGACGUUUUCCAUGAAAGAAACUCAACUUCAAAAAUUACCAUUUCCUGCUAUUACUGUUUGUCCAAGGGCAAAAAUAUCUCAAUCUUAUUUAAAUUUUACAGAAUAUUUCCAAAGAAAGUACAACCAAUUACCGGUAUCAAUUGACGAAGAGAAGAAAGUGAAUUUGGCCUCGACCAUUUGCGAUUUUUAUCCCAAUAAUUCAACAGAUGUGGCUGAUGAUAACGAUUUUUAUGAUUUUCUUCUAAAGAGCAGAGUUGAUAUUUUCUAUUAUUGCCAAUAUCAGGGCAUAGAAAUUAAUUGUACUCAGUUGUUUACACCAAUUUUGACAGAAGAAGGGAUUUGUUAUUCGUUCAAUAUUUUGGAUAGGAAUGACAUUUUUCGUAACAUUACUGAUAAUCCUCUGAAAGAUUUUCACAAAUCACCAAAAACAGAAAAUUGGAAUAUGGAAAAUGGUUAUUCGACAAAAGCAGUAAAAACCUACCCGCAAAGAGCACUACGAACUGGAGCGAAAAACGCUUUAUAUUUGAUAUUCAAAGUACACAUAUCUAAUAAAGAAUUUGAAUGUGCUCAAGACGAAUCUGGAUAUCGAGUAACAGUACAUUCACCUUCGAAUCUACCAGAUGUCGCUGACAACCAUAUAUCAGUACCUCUGUCCAAUAGAGUGUUAGCUGUGAUUACCCCACGUAUAAUACAAACUUCAUCUAGUGUAAGACGUUUUCAAGUUACAGCGCGUGAUUGUUACUUUGAGUCUGAGAAAAAAUUGAAAUUUUUCCAUAAAUAUUCUCAACAAAAUUGUUUAUUAGAAUGUAAAUCCAAUUAUACGUUGAUUCAGUGCGGCUGCGUUGGGAUUCACAUGCCAAAAGAACAAGGUACACCGUUGUGUCUUUUACAAGAACAAUACUGUAUAGAAAGAGCUGAAGAUUUAUUUUCUCUUAAUAAUGAGGAUUUGGAAGUAACUGAAGGACUUCACAAACAAACUGGUUGUAAUUGCAAACCGGCUUGUAAUGAAAUAACAUACGACUCUGAAUUAUCUUACAACACGGCUUUUUUUGACAUCAUGAACAAAUCUCUUAAAGCAGAAUUAGAUUUCGAACAUCAUCAGUACUCAACGCUUUUGCUGUAUUUCAAGAAAAGUAACGUCGAGACAAAGGAAAGGCGCGAAUUGUAUGGAUUCUCUGAUCUAAUUUCUAACUUCGGAGGUCUCAUCGGAUUAUUUACAGGCUUUUCUAUUCUAUCACUGAUAGAAAUGAUUUAUUUUCUCACACUUAGACCUCUAGGAGAUCUCUUCGGAACUUUAAAAUAAUUGUUUGUAAUUUCUGGAUAGAUUAAAUACAUAAACCAGUUCGUUAA